CCCCCAAACUAGAAGGCCCAGAGUCUUCCCUGUGACGUCAUAAGAGCCAGUUGCCAUGGGAGACCUUCAGACUCUCCCCCUAGGCAGGGGAGAGCAGGGCCCUGCUGCACGCGAGGCCUGGCCGCUCCUCCCCCACCAUACCGGCCCUCCAUGGAGGCCUUGGUCUGUGCGUUCUCUGAGCUGCGCAUAAGAGAAGAUGCAGUGAGCUGGGCCCGUGGACACCCCAGCCACCCCGACACACCGCCCAACAUCUACGAGGGGGGGCUGGGGGCCCAGCAGCAGCAGUGCCCCAGUGCCCAGGGAAGCAAGCCCAAGAACUUCCGGCUGCGCCACCUCCGGGGCCUGGCUCUCUACCUGCCAGGCCACAUGCAGCCCGCCGGCCAGUGCGAGAGCCACUGGCUGGGCCGGCUCAUGGCAGGGGGCUGCCUGCCACAGCCUGAGGGCACAGCGUGGCCCCUGCACCUGCCACAGAGGACUCUGGGCCCAGGUAACAGCCACUGCUCAGCCCUUCUGGAAGCCCAGCUGCCCAGGGACAGCCUGGGAAACACAGCUUCCAGCUCCAGCAUGGACCCAGCCAAAGGUGCCCCCUCCCAGCCCACUCCCCCCGAGGGCUUGGGGCUCAGGCCCAAGAGGUCCUGGGGGGCCUCGGAGGAGGCCACGUGUCCCUUGUGCAAGAGAACCCGAUCUGGGGCCCUGGAGAGGCUGUAGGGAUCCCCAGUGCCAGGCGUGGGGACAGGAGGGGAAGGAUGGCCAAGGAGGCAGAUCCAUAUCGGAAGGGCUCAGUCCCUAGCAGCAGCCCCUGCACACUGAGGUGGCCCAGGCAGCCAAGUGGCCCCAGAGCCUGGGCCAGCUUGGGGAAACGUGAGGGGGGCGGGAGGAGGAGGUCCCAAGGGGGGACAGAAGAAAGAGAAGCAUGGCCGUGCCCUUGCAGCCUGCUCGAGCUCAAGUCAGCCACUUGCACCUGGGAGUCCGGGCUGAGCGGAGAAUCGGGUUCCCGAGAGGCCUGGGAGCCCUCAGGUCUCAAUAAAAGCCAAGGCCUGCA